AUGAGCCGCACCGGCGGCGGCAAGGAGGUGCUGUCGACGGCGGCUGUGGUCGUCGGCGUGGGCGUGGGAGUGGCCGCGUUUGCUGGGCUGGGUCUCGCUGGCGCCGCGUUUGGGGCAGGGGUGCUCAGUGCUUCUGCUUUUGACAGCUUCACGGCGCGGCGGGCCAAGCCGCCGCUGCAGCACGAGGGUGUCAAGCGCGACGAGCAGGGCUACAUUGAAAACUGGCCAAAAGUGCUCAAGGCGGUCCAAGAUGGAGGUGUUGCCCCUGAGCUGCGAGCCGAGCUGUGGCCGCUGCUGCUGGGCGUCUUCCCCCAUACCAGCACCCAGCAGGAGCGAAGCAGAGAGCUGGAGCAGCUGCGCAGGCUAUACAUCAAGCUGGUGCUGGUGUGCAGGGAGCUGGAUGACCAGCUGCAAGCGCUCCGAAACAGCACCAGCGGCGGCAGCAACGGCAGCGGCACUAGCGGUGGCAAUGGCGUGGCGGUAGCCAAUGGCGCAGACGAGGCCCCUGCCGACUCAGCCGGCCUGUCGGUCCGUUCUGAGGCGGGCAGUGCCUCGGCGUCCGCGCUGCAGCUGGGCACGCGGUCGCCGGUGCCGCUUCCGGGCAACCUGGCGGCCUUUGCGGAGGCUCACCGCAUCAUUGUGAUGGAUGCGGUGCGCACCGACCUGCGGCGUGGCAUGCAGCACCCUGCGAUAGGCGGCCGCGCCAGCAUCGGCCCUGCAUCUGGCACGGGACCCACCCUCACCAUCCUGCCGGUGGCGGUGGGCGACGGCCUGCCAGAGCUGAUGAUGGUGGGCCCGCCGCCGCGCGACCCCACAGCGCCCAGCACCGAGGCUGAGCUGGCGGAGAUUGCGGCGGACCCGGGCGCGGCGGCAGAGGCGGGGCAGCUGCCCCGCUGGCGCAGCGCGCUGGCCCACGACAUGCUGUGGGGCGCUGCCCACCUGGACGACCCGCACCGCUGCCAGAUGCUGCGCCUCGUCAACAUCCUCUCCGCCUACGCCGUGCACGACCCAGAGACCGGCUACUGCCAGGGCAUGUCCGACCUGGCCGCUGUGUUUGUGCAACUGUUUGACGACGAUGCGCUGGCAUUUGCCUGCUUCGAGCGCCUCAUGCGCAGCGCGCGCCGCAACUUCAAACACGACGAAACAGGCAUCAGGCACCAGCUGCAGCAGAUAGCGCGCGUGCUGCGUGACACUGACCCCACCCUGUACAGGAAGCUGCAGCAGCUGGGAGCCGAGGACUGCAUGUUUGCCUACAGGAUGGUGGUGGUGAUGCUGCGCCGGGAGCUGCCCCCCGUCGCCUGCUGCACCCUGUGGGAGAUGCAGUGGGCACACGAGGCAGCAGAAGGGGAGGCCUGUGCUGCAGCAGGCGGUGGCCUUGGCGGCAGCAGCAGCAGGGCGAGUUUUAGGCAGCAGCAGACGGGGGCGGUGGCAGGCGGCGAGGGAGGGGAGGGCGUUUCGCGCACCAGCAGCGACGGAGCUGCGUCAGCAGCGACCGCGACUGCUGCCGCCGGCCUGCGGUCCACGGUGCACGGCCUGUCAGAGGCCACCGCCAGCGCUCGUGCGGCGGCGGCACUGGGGCAGCGCCCUGCCAGCUCGGGCGGGCGGCAGAGCGGCAGUGCGCGGCUGUCCGCGGCUGUGCCUGAUGGCAGCUCUGGAGAGGACCAGCCGCCCGAGUUUGUGCUGCAGUUCAUUGCAGCGGUGGUGCGGGCGCAGCGCGGGCGCAUCAUGACCGACUGCCGGGAGCACGACGACGUGCUGCGCCUGUUCAACAGCCUGCAGAUCGAGUUCUGGCCGUCUGUGGCGCAGGCGCGCAAGCAGCACAAGGCGUAUGUCGGCCUGGGCGCGGUGGUCCGGGGUUGA